AAAAAGAAUGUUCAUUUUUAGUAAACAGCGCACCGCUCAUGCUGUCGGCGAUAUCAAUUAGAUCAAUCAUUUUUUAACAUUCUUGGCGUUAUAAAAAACAAUUUACAUGCCUUUGAUAGUAAUCACUGGACUGCCAUCCAGCGGAAAAUCGACUCGUGCCGCCCAGUUACGUAAACUAUUCGAAGACUACGGGAAAACCGUACAUUUGAUUUCCGAAUGGCAAUGCGUUCAGCUGGCUGGAUACAGCAAAAACGAGUACUUCGAUGACCCACAAAAGGAGAAGCUGAUUAGAUCCAACGUGAAAUCGGAAGCGUUGAGAUUGUUAAACAAAGAUGAUCUCGUCAUUAUCGACGGUGCCAACUACAUCAAAGGGUAUCGGUACGAGAUUUUCUGCGCAAGUAAGUCAUCACGAACUACCCAGUGUACAGUUUAUUGUGCAAACACGAAGGAGCAGUCAUGGGCCUUCAACGAACUCCGAAGAGAUGAAACGGAAAAAUACCAUGAGGACAUUUUCAAAGCCCUGUGCUUACGAUACGAAGAACCCCAACACAACAAUCGCUGGGACAGUCCGUUAUUUACCGUAUUCCCAGAAGACGAGUUAGGCAAGGACGAUAUCUUUAAGGCAAUUUACUCUACGAAGGCUUUGAUUCCAAAUCUCUCCACACAAAAUCCGCCGCUUAGUUCAACGAAUUUUUUGUUCGAAAUGGAUAAAACAACACAAGACGUAAUCAACCAAAUCCUAUCGGCUCGCAAGAUAGGAUUGACGGGGUCGGUUAGAAUCUCCGGAGCCGGGAACGUUCCCGCUGAAGUUCCAUCCGAAAUGAAUGCCUCGCAGUUGAACCGCCAUCGACGGCAGUUUCUCAACUACAUGAAACUGCACACAACGGCCUCAAUUACAGUCGACAAAAUUCCUUCGAUGUUUGUACAAUUCUUGAACGCAAAUUGUAAAUGAAUUCAUUAUUACCUAAA